ACGCCAAGGUGAUCAUGUGGUUACUAUGUAUCACCGCAACUGUCAUCGUAGCAUCGGCGUCCUCCCGCGAAGUUUUCACCAACUCCUUUCUUGUUCGCUUCAAGAGGUCCCUCCGCCACGAAGAGGCGCACCAGAUCGCGCUUGGCCAUGGCUUCGACAAUCUAGGACCGGUGCUAAGUUCUGACACGGAGUGGCACUUCACCCACCGAGGUCUGCCCCACGCUCGGCCCCGACGGUCUGUCGUGCACACAAGACUUCUUAAACGAAAUCCUCUCGUUCACACCGCUGUCCAACAAACCGGCUUCAAACGAGUAAAGCGAGGUUUCCGACCUCUUCGUCUGCCGGAAACAGUGCCAGCAUCAGAGCCCCGUGACCCUUACUUCCCUCUGCAAUGGUACCUAAAGAAUACGGGACAAAAUGGGGGCAAACCCAAGCUAGACCUGAACGUGGAGGCUGCAUGGGCACAGGGGUACACUGGGGUCAAUGUGACCACAGCUAUUAUGGAUGAUGGUGUUGACUAUAUGCAUCCGGACUUGAAGUAUAAUUAUAACGCCGAGGCGUCGUAUGACUUCAGCAGUAACGACCCCUUCCCGUACCCCAGAUACACCGACGAUUGGUUCAACAGCCACGGGACUCGGUGCGCCGGUGAGGUGGCGGCAGCGAGGGACAACGGAGUGUGCGGUGUGGGCGUGGCCUAUCACUCUAAAGUUGCUGGUAUAAGGAUGUUGGACCAGCCCUACAUGACAGACCUCAUCGAAGCCAACUCCAUGGGACACGAGCCUCAUAAGAUCCACAUCUACAGCGCGUCCUGGGGACCUACAGAUGACGGCAGAACUGUGGAUGGACCCAGGAACGCGACCAUGAGAGCUAUCGUCAGGGGCGUGAACGAGGGUCGGAACGGUCUGGGCAACAUUUACGUCUGGGCGAGUGGUGAUGGCGGUGAAGAUGAUGAUUGCAACUGCGAUGGCUACGCAGCAUCUAUGUGGACUGUAUCAAUAAAUAGCGCGAUAAACGAUGGCCAAAACGCGCACUAUGACGAGUCGUGUUCUUCCACUCUGGCCAGUACCUUCAGCAACGGAGCACGGGACCCCAGCACAGGAGUGGCGACUACGGACUUGUACGGGAAGUGCACCGCCACCCACUCCGGUACUUCAGCCGCUGCCCCAGAAGCUGCCGGCGUCUUUGCCUUGGCUCUACAUGCGAACCCCAGUUUGACUUGGCGUGAUAUUCAACAUCUUACUGUGCUGACAUCGAAAAGGAAUUCUUUGUAUGACGCCAAGGGCCGCUUCCACUGGACAAUGAAUGGUGUAGGGCUAGAGUUUAACCAUCUGUUUGGUUUUGGAGUAUUGGACGCUGGGGCCAUGACUGCACUGGCUGCAAACUGGCGGUCGGUGCCUCCAAGAUAUCACUGUGAAGCCGGCUCCAUCAGUACUUAUACCGAAAUACCUCAUGAUGGUAGCGUGAUGUUACACAUCGAGACCAGCGCAUGCGCAGGGACAUCGAGCGAGGUGCGCUACUUGGAGCAUGUCCAGGCCGUGAUCAGCGCUAAUGCAACACGCCGAGGGGACCUCGAGUUCUUCCUGACCAGCCCCAUGGGAACAAGAUCCAUGAUCUUGAGCCGGCGAUCCAAUGAUGACGACAUGCGCGACGGUUUCACCAAGUGGCCUUUCAUGACUACGCACACCUGGGGCGAAUAUCCCCACGGAACCUGGACUUUGGAAGCUCGUUUCAACGGUGGUUCCGGACCCAGUUCAGCGUCAGGGUGGCUCCGCGGCUGGUCGCUCGUGCUACAUGGUACCAGGGCACCACCCUACGCCCAGCUGCAGCCUCAAGACCCUCACUCCAAACUAGCUGUCGUCAAGAAGGCACACGAAGACAACGCACUGAGCAAAUAAAAUACUACAUCAAUCUUUCUAUGAUUUAUACUUACUUUCUAGGAGAGGAGACGUUUUGUAUGUAUUUUUUUAUCGGCUAUUUCAUAAAUUUUAAACUAGGAUGCCGCAGUCGCUCGUCGUACCGCUUCGCUGUGGCGUAUAUUUGAGCGAAGCGAGGUAAACUAAGUCUGUGUACAAAACAAAACAAAUUAAUCCAAACAAAAACAAAAAAUAUAAUAUUUUGGAAUUUGGCGCCAUAUUUAAACAUAAGGAAUUAGCACCUUAUUUGGUUUAUCAUGUUUAUUUUUAAUUAUAAUAAUUGAAUCACGUCCAAAUCAUUCUGGCUCGACAAAACCUAGAAAUUAUUAUAGCUUUCUAUGAGUUUAAUUUUUUUUAAAUCGGACUGUAAAUGGCCGAGAAACAAGUUAACACAGAAAUCAAUUGAGUCACCCGGUUGGAGCUCCGCUUCGCUUCGCUCAUAAUCAGAUCAUUUAUACGUCUAGAUACACUGUGACAGCUUUGAAAACAUCGAAAAAUAUUGAAGUUGACAUUUAGGUAAAUUUUGAGCAAUGCACGCACACAAACACCAAGUGUCACAAAUCGCGAGUGUAAGACGUAGCUUCUCACGCACACUGAAGUAAUAAACUUGGCCUGAACUCUAUUUAGACGUAUAAAUUAUAUUGUAUUUUAAAAUAACGAAAUUAAGUCCCUUAUAUCCUGAAAUAAUAACAGCCUCCAUGUAAGAAAUGAAAAUAUCACAGUAUUGCAGGAUUUGCAGGUUAGAUGUAUUUAUGUAAGCCUUGUUAUUUCAAUAUAGAGAAAAUAUUCGUUAGAACUUAAUCAGCAUAUAUAUAGCACAAUAUUUAGAUAAACAUUGACUGCGUUAUUAAUAAACGCGACGUAAACUUAUUCCAAAUUUAAAACGUUUUAGUUCUUUCAAAAUAUAAACUUGGUUUAAAGUUUAUAUUUUACCACAUUAUACCACAGAAUAAACCAAGAAAAUGCACAAUGUUUACUAUAUCGCUGACAACACUGUCAAAACAAUGAUAGUUCUGAAGUUUUUCGAAUGUCAGGCGGAAUUGCAAAUAAACACGGGAAACGUUAAACGUUUAAAAAAACAAUCAUAAUCAAAUCUACGUUUAUUCUCAGGUAUAACUCUAUACCAAGUUCAUUUGUAAGGCUGUUAGUAUUUUUUCCUAAUAUAGUGCGCAAAGUUCGAUUUUGCGUAUGCAUUUGCGUUCGCAAAGGUUGACAAGACCGUGCGGGAAUAUAGCUGAGCGUGCUGGAAUGUAGCUGAGCGUGCGGGAAUGUGGUAUUUGAAAAUAAUUAUAGUGGUUGAACUUUGCGCAACUUAAUAGGAAAAAUAGUAUACGAUACUCGUGCGCACGUAGGUCAUCUAGCUGAACGAUCUAUUUUGCGCACUUGUAUCGUAAUGUACUAAUCUUACCUUCGUCACUACAGAAUAACACGACAUGGACAAGUAAUUUUUAACUUGGAGUAACUUUACAUCGCGUUUAUUAAUAUGACAGUGAAUGUACAAAACAUGACUCGACAAUUAAUGUUCUAUGGUAUUUCUAGAAUAUUCUAAGGCUAUUUGUAAGUUAAUAAUGAUUCAUAAAAAUAUAUUUCGACGUCUUCUCUUCUACGAUUUACUGUUGAUUGCAAUUUUUUUUUAUUUGCUUGAUUUUGUCCAGAUGUUGAAUAUAUAAUAAUUAUAUUAAAAAGUUAAGUUGUUCGA